AGCGGGCUGUGUCGAAUGUGUGAAAGUAUGUCGCCGCUGGUUAUACGCGAUCCCCACUUACCAGACAGCCCUGUGGACACUGGUGGGAAUCUCGCCUGAUGCAUAGAACAAAAGGAGCGACGCGAUGCUUCAAUGUUUGGGACAACAAGUCGAAUUAGUAUACAUCAAAUCUCAAGCCACGUAUAAAGUACUAAAACGACUUGCUUGGCGAAGAUACAGCAUUCGCUUCCUUGACAUCAGCAACCAUGUGCAUAGCAAACAAUUACAACCUAUUUUCGACAGUAGCACGUUACUGCCAGGAAUCAUCAGAUAUUUCUCGCAUACGCUAACUGCUCUGACGAUUUCAUUUCACACUUGCGAUAUCUCGCUGCCAAUGCUACUGGACUUCUUACCGUCAUUAACGCAUCUUUCAGUGAUGUUUGAUGGCCGCACUAACUUAUCAGACGCUACUCUUGAACAAGUUGAUGGCAGAAGCAGACACAAAAGGCCACCGAUACACAACAUUAUCUUCUUAAGACUGGACGGUGUUCUCAGUUUUAAAUACCGGAUCCGUCCCUUAUUGCAGCGUUGCUCCCACAUCAAGUACUUGAUAUUAUCGCCUUACUCACGAUUCAACAACGUAUCUCCAACCAACAUCUAUACAGCUUAUGAGCUGUGCCCUCUAUUACGCUACAUUAUGUGGGAAUGCAGCGAACCAGUCAUAGCAGACAGAUGGAUUUCACUAUCAAGAAGCACGAGUGCUUAUAUUAAGUAACUGAAAGGAAAGCAUCGAAUGAUGGCGAGGAAGGCAGUAUGGCUUAUGAACUGCUAUUCAACGGCAAGGGACACGAGAGGAUCAUGCCGAUAGUAGUAAAAUCGCAGCCGAUACUAGAACAUUUACGUAUAGUCGCCUGUGGUCU